GUUGCGUUAACGGGGACCUUGCCCCCCUCCUCCCGAGUCUUUUGCGAGUCCGAUUCAUGUACACUGGCCACGCACGAUCACACUCCGAUCGACCGAGCGUGGCGGGCGCGGCAACUCGUUCCUUGGCUGAGCGUCACACACCAUGGCCGCCGGGGGUAAGGCAGCACGAUUCUUGCAAGACGGGAGAUCUUUCACUAUCGCUUCGUCUGGUUCGUUUGUCUGUUUGGUGCUUUGCUUUCGUGCACACAGGUCCUGCCAUCGGUAUUGACCUGGGCACCACGCACUCACGCGUCGCCGUCUUCCAAAACAACACGGUACAUAGAUAGAUAUGAACACGUUCAUUCUGCACGCGACGCGUGAGUCGAUGAAUGGGAGGGAUGGAGGGAUGGAUGGAUGGACGUGUGUGUGGUUGUGUCAGGCGAAGCUUAUUACGAAUGCGCAUGAUGACCCCGCCAUGCCCUCGUGUGUGGCCUUCACAAAGGAGAGCCCCCUGCCACUCAUCGGCGAGGCGGCCAAACAGCAGCAGAGCAACAACCUCGAGAACACCAUAUUCGCCGUCAAGCGUCUGAUCGGCCGCAGCUUCGAUGACCCGUCGGUGCAGUCAGCCCUGAAGUACUGGCCUUUCAAGGUCAUGAGGGCCAAGGGCGGCAAACCCAUCAUCGAGGUGACGCACCAACACGAGACCAAGGGUCUGCUGGUGGAGGACGUGACGGCCAUGGUGCUGACCAAGCUCAAGAAUGCCGCCGAGGCACCCCUCGGCACGACAGUCAAGAACGCCGUCAUCAGCGUCCCCGGGCACUUCAACCAUGCGCAGCGGCAGGCCGUGAAGGACGCCGCCACGAUGAGCGGCCUCAACGUCAUGCGGAUCAUGAGCGACCACGGUGCUGCCGCCAUCGCCACACACUGGCUCGACAAGACGGCCGACAUGGGCACGGGCGAGCGCAAUGUGCUCAUCUUGGACAUGGGCGGCGGCACGUGUGACGUCACGCUGCUCACCGCGCAUGACGGCGUGUUCGAUGUCCGGGCCACGGCGGGCGUCGAGCUCGGCGGGGAGGACAUCGACAGUCGUCUGGUAGACUUCUGCGUGGAGGACUUCAUGGGCAAGAACGUGGGGACGGACCCCACCACCGACAGACAGGCGAUGAGCUGGCUGCGGGCAGAGUGCGACAAGGCCAAGCUGACACUCUCCACCGGCACCGAAUUCACCAUCGAAAUCAAAAACCUCUUUCAGGUGCUGAGGGAGGGAGGGAGGGAGGGAGGGAUACUGCGAUGAUGUCGUCAUGUGUGUGUGUCGUUUGCCUUUGGCCAUCUUAUCAUCUUGUGUGUGAUGUCAGGGCAUCGACUACGCCGUGCACAUCCCCCGGGCGCGUUUUGAGGACUUGUGUGCGGGGUUCUUCAGGAAGGUACUGCUGCUGGUUGACAAGGUGCUCAGGGACGACGGCAUGGACAAGGAGGCGGUGCACGAUGUGGUGCUCGUCGGCGGCUCAACACGCAUCCCCAAGAUCCAAGAGCUCAUCACGGUAGGUAACACACCGGCUCAACACGACACACAUCACACACCAGAAGGAAGCACCAGACACAUCUUUGUCGAUGGUUUUUCCAGGACUACUUCGGCGGCAGGGCGCCGAUCGGGCCCAUUGCUGACGGGGCGUUGGCUCGCGGUGCGGCGGUCAUGGCGGCGUUGCUGUGUGAAGAUCCGUCCGUCAAGCUGCAGCCCCUGAUACUUCUGGACGUCAUGCCCAUCUCAGUGGGGGUGGAGACCGCAGGGGGCGUAAUGGCCAAGAUUGUCGAGCGCGACACCACCCUGCCUACCAAGAAGACCUGCACCUUCGGCACGCACCUCCACAACCAGACGAAGGUCCUCAUUCAGGUGAGUGGAGUGGAGUGCACAGGUCCACACAAGCGGGCUAAACCUGUGAAGUGCCGUGUCGUGCGUCUGUGUGUGUGAUGAUCUGUCUGUAAUGUCUUGGUUGGGUGCAGGUCUACGAGGGCGAGGGCACGAUGACCGCCGAGAACAACCUGCUCUGCAGCUUCUACUUGAAGGGCAUCAAGCCGGCCUCCCGUGGGCAGCACAUCCAGGUGACCUUCGACAUCGACACCAAUGGCACCAUCUGUGUGGACGCCCAACGCCAGACCGACUACCAACACAUUAGCGCAAACGUCAACAAUCUGGUGGGCAGGGCACGUGCGCACGAUGGUCCGUCAAUCACCUGCAUGCUCACUCCCUCCCUUGUGCGGUGUUUGUGGUGUGGUGCAUCCAUCCAAUCAGUUUAGAGUGGGCCUCGAGCACCCGCCUGACGCCGAUGCCGUCCUGGCUUACUGCGACUGACUGACUCACUGAUAUGCGCUGGCUGCCGGUCUGACCAGACCUGGUUUGGUGGCAUUCCCUGCUGAAAGGCUGCGUCGGGUGAGAGCGCGGUCCCUGUGGAUGGCAUUGGGACGUUCGAGCGUGAUGUAGAGUCGCUGAGGAAGGCUAUGACAUUAUGUCCUUUAUGGGUUUGUAUGUACGUAUGUAUGUAUGUGUGUAUAUAAAUGUGUGUAUGUUUGGCGGAUGACCCGAUCCGAUCCCAUGGAAUGGGCGUGGCGUGUAUACGAGAGAGCGAG